ACCCGCCUUUUCUUCUCUUGUGUUCGCAUUCUCUCACUCGUUGUCCGUUGGUUGAUAAUGACGUCGUAGAUAAUGACGUCAUUGUUCCUCCCCCUGUCGUGCUUUAAUCACGAAAGUGGAUAUUUAGUCGGUCAGUUUGUUGAGGACAACAGUUGUUAUUAUGUUGUUGAUGUAAAACACGACGCUUGUUUUCAAGAUGGCGGCGCAGCUCACCAUAUUGGUUGCCUGGGAAAAGUUAACGUAACAAACCAUAAAGAUAAAAUACAAAUCCGCUUCGACGAAGAUCACGUAGUUUGUAGUAGUCAUAAUGACGUCACAAUAGUGGUUUAUGACGUCGACAAGAUAGCAACAUCUGCAGAAUUCUACAAUCCUAAUAGAACCAGGAAGUCAGGGUAUUCCCCAUACGACGUAGCUUCCGUUAAAACUUUAUUUUCUGUUGUUUCAAAUUUUCAUACACUCCAAGAUGGCGGCCACCCCAACACCAUGCACCCAACCAAGCAAAAUAUUCAAGUAUUUCUAUUAUUCAACACAAUGUUAUCUCACAUUUGGAAACUAUUUCAUCCAAUUAUUUAUUUGCUCCAACUUUCAAGCGUUGGUUCAUUAUUCCUUCAUAAACUGAAAGUUGUUAAAAAUCGGAACAAAACUCAAGCAAUAUCCUUGUUCGUUGACCUGCUGUUGGGAAUCUUGUUUUAUUUUAUCGUUUCAAACAAUUUAACUCCAAUCUCCGACCAAAGUUUUACAUUCGUUCCAUCAGUUGAUUAUAUUGGAAUACAGGUUGAACAUUUAAUCCGAUGGUUGAUGGGAAUUCCUAUCGGGCUGAAACUAAAUUCAAACCUCAAUCAAUUUCUUGGAAAGUUUUUCCUUCACCAUGUUCGCUUGUGGUUGGAAUACAUCCACGUUUUGUCGGCUGCAUUUUGGGACGAAUCGCAACACAAGGAUUUGCUUGAGUGGUUGUUACUUAUAUGUUGCGGAGGGUUUUCAUUCGUCUUCGCUAUUUUAUCAGAUCUGACGGCCAUCUUAUCAUUCCAUAUAUACUGUUUCUAUGUCUACGCAACAAGAGUGUAUGGUUUGCAGAUGCACGGCAUUAUUUCACUCGGCCGAUUAUUCAGGGGAUUGAAACGCAACCCUCUACGACAACGAAUUGAUUCUAUGACACAACAAUCGGAGCGAUUAUUCAUUGGGACUUUGGUUUUCACAGCCCUAUUGUUCUUACUACCAACAACUAUGCUGUACUAUGUUAUAUUUGCUGCACUAAGGUUGGUCAUAAUGGCAAUCCAGAACAACUUACUUUGGUUACGAAAACUUUUCGGUAACUUUCCAUUGUACCUUGUGUAUCGACGCGUGAGGUUUCCGGAGGAAUUUCCAGGACGUGCCGUCUUUACCCAGACGCAGCAAGGGUUCAUACGACUAGUGGUUCACCCCUGCCCAUAUAUGGUGGUGUUGCAUCGUUGGGUCACACACACCAUUCAACCAACAAUCUCAUUCAAACAACUUUUAUUCUCCUUGGUUUACGGCAGUUUAUUGAAAUGGGUUUAAUCUCGUGCCGCGACAAUAACAUUGAAAACAUUGCUACACAACCAAUAAAUUAUCAUCUCCAUGAUUUCUUUAA